AUGAAGCUGGACCCUGGAGGUUAUAUCCCAGUUGGGACGGCCGGGGACUCCAGUCCUCGUUCGCACGCGGCCAGCACGGAAUCCGGAGGAGGAGGGGGAUGGGAGAACCUGGGUUCCUGGUUCUGGGACGAGGAAUUCUGGCUGAGCAGCAGCGUUAGCAACGUGACCUGGAACGCCCUCCGACCUGGCACGGUCUCGAUCAUCGGUCGAAGCGCGGGGCACACGGACACCGAGUCGGAGCCAGCUUCGUCCUCCUACCCCGAGUUCCGCGACCUCAAGGCGGCGCUCCUCAUGGCGCUGGUGUUCGCCUGCGUCCGGAUGAGCGUGAAGCGAUACCUCAUCUCGCCUGCCUUCUAUCGUCUGUCCGGGGAGGCGCCGCCGCCUGCGAGUCCCCCGGCCAGCUUGCGGUCGUGGUUGGUAUUCCCAGGCUAUGACAAGCACACGAUCUUCAGCGACGCGGCUUGGAACUGCCUGAUACUCACGUGGGCCCUGAUAGCGGGGGUCUGGGUGCUCUGGGGGAAGCCCUGGCUCUGGGAUGUCCGGCGGUGCUGGGAGGGGUAUCCAGCGCAUCCGGUCUCCUUGGACCUGUGGUGGUACACGAUCGCACUGUUUGGGUACUACCUCUGCGACACGGUGGUCAUGCUGUACAGGCGGAACGUGUCGGAUACGAUCCAUCACGUGUGCACGCUGGUGGCGUUCCUGGCUUGUUGGACCAUGAACUUCCUCCGGUUCUUCUCGUUGGUCCUUCUGCUGCAUUACAGUACGGAUUGGUGCCUGCAGUUCGGGAGGGCGUGUAAGACGCUGGGGCUGAAGAAAGUGAGGGAUCGGAUCCUGCUGGUGACAGUGGUGCCGAGGAUCGUGACCAGGCUCGUUUUGUUUCCUUGGUUGCUCUUGGUCGUCUUUAAGGAUGUCAUACCGGUCAUGUCGGUGAUCAUGCAGGUUUUGGGUUAUGCAUCGGCGGGGAUACUGGGGUUUCAUCUGUAUUGGAUGGUGGUGAUUCUCAAGACGAUUUAUAGGGGGUUUUGGGUGGGGGAGGGGUGUGUAGGGGUGGGGGACGAGGGGAAGAAGAGGUUAGGGGUGGUUACCUCGGUUAUUGGGCGGCUCUUCGAGUCCGACUUCCACACGACUCGGAGAGAGGAAAUCCCUGGGAUUCCCAGGGGAUCCCAGGGGACAGGGGGAGGAAGGUGGAUCGUGUGA